AUGAGCACCUAUACUUUUCCUUCUGCUGAUCAUUACCCAAAGAAUUUUAAUACUAAAAUUUCAAAGAAGGACGGGCUUAAAUAUCAAGAGAUAACUUGUCCCAUUACAGGAAAGCCAGCUAAAUAUAAGGAUCCAUUGACUCAGUAACCUUAUGCUAACAAAGAUGCAUUCAAAAUUAUUAGGGAAAAGUAUUUCUCGAAAGAGGAAGAAAAACUGUUUGUUCGAUUGCAAGUUUUGAAUGAUUUAUUAGCCUAGAAGAGAGAUAAACUUAGAAGAUAUCAUCAGGGCAACAGAAAUUUAGAUCUUUAGGAUCCAAUGAGGCAAACUAUUUUGAAAAAUUUAGCUGCUUCAUAAAAUGUUAAGAAACCCUACAAUGCUCUUGGUAUAAACGACGAUGGAUAAAAUUAACACAUUAUGCAAUCUGAAAAUUUGGGUCAAGAAAAGAAUAAGCAGGAUGAUGGGGAGGAUAGAUAAUUAGAAGAGGAAAAUAUUAAUUAGGGAGAUUCUCAGAUUUAAAAUGAGAUUAUUGUUGAUUCGCAUUUGGAGUAGGCUAACAAUAUAUUAUAAGAGGAUGACAGUAAUGUAAAAAUGGAGGUAGAAUGA